AUGGGUAAGGCGGGUAGAUGGAUCAAAAACUUGCUGCUAGGCAAAAGGGAGGAGAAAAUCAACAAGAAAGAAGGUGGCCCCACAUCUCCACCAUGCACCACCGCCAUUAUUCCAGCAACUCCAUCACCUUCUCACCGGAGGAGAUGGAGCUUUAGGAAAUCAAAUAACAAAGAAAUAGUAGUCAAUCACAAGAGUUGCCGAUCAUUUGACUCCAUCAUCACCUCCCAGUUAGUUUCACAGGCUUUUUUUGACUAUGCAAUUCAGCAGCAAAACUACACCACCAUGCUGGUGGUGCCGCCUCCCAAAGCCGCCACAUAUGGACUCCCUCGUGUGGUUUUAGCUGCAGCUGCAACAAGAAUUCAAGCGGCUUUCCGUUCCUAUUUGGCACGAAGGGCGUUGUGUGCUUUACGUGGAUUAGUGAAGCUACAAGCUUUGGUGAGGGGACACUUGGUGCGUAAACGAACCACAACCAUGGUUAGGUGCAUGAAGGCACUUGUCUCUAUUCAAGUUAGAGCUCGAUAUCAAAGAAUUCAAAUGGUUGAGGAUGUGGAAUCACAAUCCCAUCUUCAUGCCACAAGUAGAAGAGAAUUCGUGAUAGCUCACGAGCGUCGUCUCAGUGCACCACAAUUCGAUCACAAUGACAAUAUCGGACAAUUCGAAAGCAAGACAAGCGGCUUUAUAACUUAUCGACAGUCAUCACGGAGAUUCUCAAUAGAUUCAUUGCCAUGGAAACAAGAAAAUUCACCCAGACUGCAAAAUAAGGCUGUAAACGCUGCUUAUUCUACAGUGUCACAAAUGGGAUCACAAUCACAUCACGAUGAACCCAAUUACAUGACCCGAACAAAGUCUUCAAGAGCAAAAACACGGUCACAAAGCGAACCAAGACAACGACCCACAAAACAAAAACGCGAAAAUAGACAAAAUUCAUCAAAUGAAGCUCUUGGUUCAAAGGUGGUUCGAACCCACAACCAUCAAAAAGUGCAUUCGGGUUGCUUGACUAAGGCUCAUCGGUCAUCAAAAUCGAUUAAUGAUUCCGAAUUCGAUUUAGCAAGUACUUGUACUAAUGGCUCAUCUUAUUGUAUAACUCAGGUUAGUACACGAAACAUUUGGGCAUAA